AUGUUUCCUUGGAAAAAUGAUAUUUGGCUAGCAGUGGGCCACCGUACGAUAAUGAAAAUUAUAGAUUUUUGUGAAGAACAUCUUAAGAAAAGAGUUUUAUACUUGACAAAAUCAAGAAAUUGUUUGGAUUCUGUUAUGUCAUUAUUGACGCUUAUCAAGCAACAAUUGAUUUGGAAGAGUUUUCUCCUUUUUAAAUAUUAUUGA